CGGCAUGGAUCAUGGAGGAGCCGGCUGCACGUGACGUGCAGCUGGGCGUCGGGGCCGGGCGCGGAGAGCGGGCCGGUGCGGGGGGGGGGGGGGGGGGGGGGGGGGGGGGGGGGGGGGGGGGGGGGGGGGGGGGGGGGGCGGGGGGCUACGACCGGCCGGGCACGGGCGCGGGGGACCGGCUACGACGGGCGUGGGGGGCCGGUUACGAACGGGCGCGGAGGCCACUACGGACGGGAGCAGGGGCCGCGACGGGCAGGCACGGGGGCCAGCUAACGGACGGGCGCAAGGGGCCGCUAUGGACGGGCCGGGGGGCCGGCUACGGACGGGAGCGGGGGCGGCUACGGACGGGAGCGGGGGCCGGCUAUGGCGGGAUGGCAACCUUCGACAACGCCGAGAUCGAGUAUCUCCUAGCCAAAGGACUCAUCCGGCCAUCCACUUCGCCGUACGGUGCCCCAGUACUCUUCACACCGAAACCGGACGGAAGCCUGCGCAUGUGCAUCGACUACCGAGCUCUUAACAAGCAGACCAUCAAGAAUAAAUAUCCGAUACCGCGAAUCGAUGACCUGCUUGACCAGCUUCGGGGAGCUACGGUAUUUUCCAAACUGGAUCUGCGGUCCGGAUACUGGCAGAUACGGAUGGCGGACAACUCUAUCCACAAAACUGCUUUCCGAACUCGGUACGGAUCGUACGAGUAUUUGGUCAUGCCGUUCGGACUCACCAACGCGCCGGCAACGUUCCAAGCCGAAAUGAACCACAUUCUACGACCACUUCUGGACGAAUGCGUGGUGGUGUACCUGGACGACAUACCUCAUCUACUCGCGCGACAUGAAGCAGCACGUCGAACACCUGCGACGCGUCUUCGAAAUUCUUCGACGGGAACGAUUCUACGUCAAACUGUUCGUGCCACAGUAUGCGAAAUCGCAGCACCACUCACGAAUCUGCUGAAGAAGAACACGCCCUACAAAUGGGAACGAAAGCACCAGGAAGCCGUGGAGCAGCUGAAACAAGCACUCACGUCCGCACCGGUACUCAUCUUGCCAGAUCCCGAACGCGACUACGUAAUCGAAGCUGACGCCAGCGACCAGGCAGUGGGAGCAGUCUUAAUGCAAGACCAGGGGAAUGGACUGCAACCAAUUGCCUACCUCAGCAAGAAACUGCACGGGGCAGAACUCAACUACCCGAUACACGACAAAGAGGCUCUUGCUAUCAUCAUCGCCUUCAAAGCGUGGAGAUGCUAUCUCGAAGGACGAAGAACGACCGUCUACACCGACCACUGCAGCCUGAAAUAUUUGAAGACACAACCCAACCUUUCCAGGCGGCAGGUCCGGUGGAUCGACUUCCUCGAGACCACACUUCCACUACGACAUCGUGUACAAGCCCGGCCACAAGAACAAAGCAGACGCUCUCAGCCGGCUGCACACGUUGCCGCGAUUCAGGUCGAAGGGAUGAAUCCACUACUCAAGGGACUCUUCACACACGGGUACGCCAUCGACCCCGAAAUUCCCUUGGCAGAAAAGCGACAUCUGCUACAGUGGGACAGUGACAUCGCGUACCGGAAAGGAUCAACAAAAAUCUGGGUACCCAAUUACCCUCCUUUGCGCCAGUUACUACUCGAAGAAUACCACGACGUCCUGUACGCCGGACACUUCGGUAGCAACAAGACGCUCACCGGUAUCGCCAAACACUACUACUGGCCCCAUAUGGCAGACGACGUCCAGAAAUUCGUCACCUCGUGUGAUACAUGUCAGCGGAUGAAGAGCAGCAAGCAGAAAAAGGCAGGACUACUGCAGCCUCUUCCUGUCCCAGAACAACCAUGGCAAGUGGUUAGCCUAGACUUCAUCACCGGGUUACCACCUACCUCCAGCGGUCAUGACGCCAUCCUUGUCGUCAUUGACAAGUUCUCCAAAAUGGGACACUUCAUCCCGACACACACGACGGCACGCACCGAGGAGACAGCACAGCUCUUCGUUCGUCACAUCAUCUCACAGCAUGGCAUCCCAACCACACUCAUUUCCGACCGAGACCCCAAGUUCACCAGCAAGUUCUGGAAGGAACUUAUGUCUCUGCUCGGCACCAAACUCGCCAUGUCAUCCGCAUACCAUCCGCAGACAGACGGACAGACCGAGCGCCUCAACCAAAUUGUUGAGCAACUCCUCCGAGCAGCCUGCAAGGACGACAUCUCCAAAUGGGACUUGCACCUGCCCGUACUCGAGUUUGCUUACAACAACGCCACACAUGCCGCUACUGGACAGACGCCGUUCUUCCUCUGCUACGGACGCCACCCACUCACACCACAGAAACCGACAAGCAUCAGCUACAUGGAGACACUCGCACGAUUCGAGAAGGACGUGAAGCGGACCGACACCGGGUUCCUGGCGAUAGCAACAGAGGUGGAGAAUGACGGAGAGAAAGCCUCGGAGACUCCAGAAAAAAUCAAGGAAUUACUGAAGGAGUUCCAAGACAUUCUUCCUGACGAUCUUCCGAACGAGCUACCGCCAUACCGAACGCAUCAACACGAGAUCGUGGAGGAACCGGGUUCGAAGCCGACCUUCCGAGCACCAUAUCGACUCAGCCCUACGGAGCUGACCGACAUGAAGAAGCAGAUCGAGUAUCUCCUAGCUAAAGGACUCAUCCGACCAUCCACUUCGCCGUACGGUGCCCCCAGUACUCUUCACACCGAAACCGACGGAAGCCUGCGCAUGUGCAUCGACUACCGAGCUCUUAACAAGCAGACCAUCAAGAAUAAAUAUCCGAUACCGCGAAUCGAUGACCUGCUUGACCAGCUUCGGGGAGCUACGGUAUUUUCCAAACUGGAUCUGCGGUCCGGAUACUGGCAGAUACGGAUGGCGGACAACUCUAUCCACAAAACUGCUUUCCGAACUCGGUACGGAUCGUACGAGUAUUUGGUCAUGCCGUUCGGACUCACCAACGCGCCGCAACGUCCAUUCCUAGGACACCUGGUGAGCGCUCAAGGAGUUCACGUCGACCCCAAGAAAAUCGAAGCCGUACGUACGAGGAAGACACCCGAGAACGUGAAGGAGUUGCAGCAGUUCCUAGGCUUCGCUAAUUACUACAACAGGUUCGUGCCACAGUAUGCGAAAAUCGCAGCACCACUCACGAAUCUGCUGAAGAAGAACACGCCCUACAAAUGGGAACAAGCACCAGGAAGCCGUGGAGCAGCUGAAACAAGCACUCACGUCCGCACCGGUCUCAUCUUGCCAGAUCCCGAACGUGACUACGUCAUUGAAGCAGACGCCAGUGAUCAGGCCGUGGGAGCAGUCUUAAUGCAAGACCAGGGAAUGGACUGCAACCAAUUGCCUACCUCAGCAAGAAAACUGCAACGGGCGAACUCAAACUACCCGAUACACGACAAAGAGGCUCUUGCUAUCAUCAUCGCCUUCAAAGCGUGGAGAUGCUAUCUCGAAGGACGAAGAACGACCGUCUACACCGACCACUGCAGCCUGAAAUAUUUGAAGACACAACCCAACCUUUCCAGGCGGCAAAAAGCGACAUCUGCUACACCUGACUUCAUCACCGGGUUACCACCUACCUCCAGCGGUCAUGACGCCAUCCUUGUCGUCAUUGACAAGUUCUCCAAAAUGGGACACUUCAUCCCGACACACACGACGGCACGCACCGAGGAGACAGCACAGCUCUUCGUUCGUCACAUCAUCUCACAGCAUGGCAUCCCAACUACACUCAUUCCGACCGAGACCCCAAGUUCACCAGCAAGUUCUGGAAGGAACUUAUGUCUCUUCUCGGCACCAAACUCGCCAUGUCAUCCGCAUACCAUCCGCAGACAGACGGACAGACCGAGCGCCUCAACCAAAUUGUUGAGCAACUCCUCCGAGCAGCCUGCAAGGACGACAUCUCCAAAUGGGACUUGCACCUGCCCGUACUCGAGUUUGCUUACAACAAUGCUACACAUGCCGCUACUGGACAGACGCCGUUCUUCCUCUGCUACGGACGCCACCCACUCACACCACAAAAACCGACAGCAUCAGCUACA